AUGAAUAAUUAUAUAUUUCUCCUUUUUUUUUUGUUUUAUACUGUCUGUGCUCAAAUACCUUAUGAAGUUCAAAAUAUCUACAAGCCACAAAAUCCUCAGUCUGUUAAUGCAAUGCCGGGGGAUAAAGCCUCAGCAGAUUACGAAUUUAAGGACAUUCAAAAUACCACUGAAAAAGAAUAUGGAGAAAACUCAUUGAAAAAAUUAUCAGAAAGAUACUAUAAAGACAUAGAUGGAAACAAUAAAAGUAUUUUUGAAGAACUUGAUCAGAUAAUAGACAUUGUCGGAGAUAAGUCACUAUAUUUUACAAUGUUUCAAUAA